GACGUUAUCAGGAUGGGCGUUACUUUGGUCGUCCUGCGUGCGGACUCGAAUAGUAAACGCUGGGAUUGUCCCUGUUAAAAAAAAAAAACUCUGUAUCUCAUUUCCCUUAACCCUAGCCUAACCUCGAACGUCAUUGCCUUUUAUAUGACGUCAGAUCGGUAAAAGUACUCAUGACGCGUGACGGAGGACGCAAGAUAUAUUUCUUAUUGUGCAGCUACUUACUACGGAAGUAAAGUUUAUUGAAAUAAUCACCAUGGUUCAUGCUUUCUUGAUAAACACAUUGAGUUGCAGCACCGGUGGUACUGAGAGUCUCUGCAGAGUGCUAUAUUCCCAGACAUUUGGCUCAGAGAGGUCAGAGUCCAGGAACAAAGAUCCAGAAGAAGAAAGGUGUUAUAGAAAAGAACAGAUCUUUGCUGUGGCAAGGCAAGUGAAGUCAGCAUGCACUUUGUCCAGGCAAGCUAUGGGAAAGUCUCAGUCUGCUUUUGCCUUCCCUCCUUCUGAUGAGGUGGUUGCAUUACAGGAAGCAGACUUUGGUGUAUUUCGGCUUCCUCCUGGUGACCCUUUUUCUGAAAGCAAGACUGUACUGUGGCUUGGAAUCCAGUCUGUCGGAUUUGCAUUGGUAUGUGAUCCUUAUGAAAACCUCAUGUUGGCUGAGAACAGCCUGAAGAUGAUAGUGAGGUAUUUGCUGGAGUAUCUUCGACUGCUAAGCCAAGGCAGUGACAUCAUGUUGAAAGCAGAUAAAAUAGAAAUCAUCCUGAAUAAAUUUCUUCCAUGUGGCCAACUAUUGUUUAUCAACCACAGGUUUGUUUACAGUAUAGAGAGGGAACUUAAUAUCUGCAUUUCAAAAUGAGUAAUGGAGAGCAGACUUCAAGCAUCUCUUUGAUUUUCACCUUUAUCAGCAGUCAGCUUAUGAUCAGAAGUCUUGUCUAUAACAAUGACAUAAACUUACUUGUGCGGAAAAUUGGUGAUGUCUAGUUGAUCUUUAAUACAAAUAAUGCACUUUUGUUUUCAUUACUACAUUAAGCUGAUUUGAUACAUAGAAAUCAAAGCAGUUGCGUAUGAAACUACCUGCUUGCAUAUUUUGCAAAGUAUCUCAGUGAGCAUCCUGAAAGCUGUUGUAACUUGAAGCAUGUUAUAGACUGCUGAAGUAAUAUGAUAUGUCUGUAUAACUACUACAAGCCUAGAUGGCAUGAUGUUGCCAAUUAUGAUAAUUAUACUGUUGAGAGCUAGGGUUUGGAAAUUAUCUCAGAAUAUCUGAGGUCCAUAAGAGGUGGAAGAAUUCAGGACAUUUUUGGGCUGUUCUUCCUGAGUGAAGGAAAUGGUGAUGGGGAUGAGAUGGCUAGCAUCUAACCUCUGUUGGAGAACCAGGGUUGUCAUGCUUGGGCACAUGGUGAAACUGGUUACAGGGGGUGGAAGAACACAAUGCAUUAUGAGCUGUGGGGGAACAAGUUACUUUGAGGUACUCUUCUGGAAUGUCACCUACCUUGACCUGAACAUGUGCCACAACAACGCAAACUAAAUGUGGGAUGAAAGAGCACUUUCUCAUGUUCUCAUCUUGAAUAUGUUGUAUAGUACAUAUUUGAAGUUGGUGAGGAAAAUAGGUAUGCACUGAUUAGGAACUGAGGCACUUUGUGUGAUUCCUGACUAAGCAGCAGCUAAAAGCAAAGGUGUUCCAAAAUAUAAGGUAUUAAUAAAAAAAAUUGCUUUGCGUAGGUAGUUUUUUCUUGUUAUGUUUUAUAUGUUUCAUCAGACUGCUUAUUCUUGCCAUUUGCACAGUAGAUUUGUCCUUUUUGUAUUUUGAAUCAUAUAGUUUGUCACUAAUAGUCUGGAAUUGACCAUACUGUCAUUUUUAAUAUAAUUUGCUUUGAUUUAAA